AUGCUGCUCAAAGGCAAGCGUGCUCUAGUAGUGGGGCUUAUGAACAAAUACUCACUGGCUGCAGGUGUGACUCAAGCGUUCCUUUCUGGUGGUGCAAGCGUUGUAGUGUCGUCUAAAAGUCCAAUGAACGAAAGUCACGUCAAAAGUUGCACCUUUGAGAUCCCCAAACCGUCCGAAAUAGCAAGUCCCACAUUGCAUUUUGAACCGUGUGAUGUAGAAAGUGAUACGAGAAUCGAACAGUUAAUGCAACGCUGCGGAGAAGUUUUCAAUGGGGAGUUGGACAUUUUGGUGCAUUCGGUGGCGUUUGCCCCGCGUGAAGCCUUUGCCAACGGAUUAUUGAAUACCCCGAGGGAUGCAUGGACACAGGCAAUGGAUGUCAGUGCCUAUAGCUUGGUGGCGCUGAUGAAGGCAGCUAAGCCAUUGAUGGUACAAGGGGUAGGAGAGAGACGAGACCGCAGCGUGUUAGCGCUGACUUAUGCUGGAUCGACAAAGGUAGUACCUAAUUACAAUGUAAUGGGUCCGGCAAAGGCAGCGUUAGAGGCGACGGCGAGGCAACUUGCGUACGAGCUUGGACCAGAAGGUGUCCGUGUCAACUGUAUAAGCCCUGGACCCAUGAAUACGGUGUCAGCCCGUGGCAUUCCUGGCAUCUCAACAAUGAGGAAAUAUGCUGAGAACCACGCUCCUCUGCGUCGAAAUAGCUCAAGUGGAGAUGUUGGGUCUGUUGCAGCUUUCCUGUCAAGUGACCUCGCUGCGUCCGUGACGGGUCAAACUAUUUACGUUGACGGUGGCCUGAGUGCGAUGGCUCCGUUUGCGCGGGAAGAGUUGUAA